UAUAUAAAGCGCAGCCCUGCAGGUUACUUAUCCAUCAGAUCGCUCAGGUGCAGUCAUGCUUCGUUCUGUCGGCGCGCUUCGGCUCCUUGAGCUCCUACUGGUGCUGCUGAGCAUGAGUUCAGCUGUUGAAAAUAACGCCACAGAGUCCGUCAGUCCUCAGCUGGUCCUUGAAACUCAGGACCCGCCGACCGAUGAAGACACAAACCAGGCGAGGAAUAGAGGGAGACGGCCUUCUGACUCUCUGCGGGAUGGGCUAGACCAGAGCCAGGUGGGCUGCAGGGAGUUGAGGUCCACAAAGUACAUCUCUGAUGGCCAGUGCACCAGUGUCAACCCUAUUAAGGAGCUGGUGUGUGCUGGGGAGUGUCUGCCAGCUCAACUGCUGCCCAACUGGAUUGGUGGAACUCACACUGGGAGGUACUGGAGCCGCCGCGAUGCUCAGGAGUGGCGCUGUGUUAUCGAUCGAACCAGGACCCAGCGGAUCCAGCUGCAGUGCCACGACGGGAGCACGAGGACCUACAAGAUAACUGUGGUGACUUCCUGCAAAUGCAAGCGCUACACCAGACAGCAGAACGAUUCACGACACAAGGACACAUCUGGGAAUACUGGUAAACAGAGGAAGAAUCAGGGGAGGCCUGGAGUCCUGGAGAUGAAUGCUGGGAGGGAGUCUGCUAACUAAAACCUGAUUUCACAGCUACAAAAGGAAAAGCAUUCAGACUCGUGUUGUCACUAUAAAUGUUUUUGUAUGAACUAUAAAUGUGCAAAUAGUAAUUAAAAAUUUAAGAGACAAGAUAGAUAUAAACAAAGGUGAAUAGUAUAGUGUUAUCUUCAUAUUUAGAUUACUUUAAUACAGUAAUUAGUCUGUAGAACAAAUUUAGCUCAUUUGUUCACAGGGAAUAUGUUGUUAUCAUCAUCCAAAUGACAAAUAUAAAUAAUCUGGCUAAAAUAAUAACACACAAACAGUUUGACAGCUGCAACAGACAUUUGGGUGCAACUAUUCAGAAAGCACUCUAAUACCUGAGCUACAGCUGGUGACAUUUGUCUAAUGUUUCUGGAGAGAAGUGUUGCCUGGGUUGUCUCAUUUUUUUGUUUCGUUUAUUUUUCGGACAGCAGUGAUUUCGUCACACUGACAGUAUUCUUAUUAUUCUUAUAGUGUGAAUAUGAAUACAUGUUAUAUAGUUUAGCUGUAGUUAGUUAAUUGUAGAGAUUUAGAUUUGCUGUCAUUGUUUGGUUUUGCCUCAUUGUAGCAUUCUAGUGUUAUAUUAGCAGGAGAGCCUCUUCUAGGAAGGGUAGUACUGGUAGGAAAGUUGUUGUGAUCGAAGCAUGAUGGCUGCUUCUUGAGGAGAGCAUACUUUGUUAGUAGAUAAUUUCUUGUGCUAUUAUUUAUAAGACAGGGACGGGGGGUGUCAACAACCUAUUCUCAACCAAAUAAUUGAAACAUGUGCCUCUAAACAACGUUUUUAGCCUUUACUGUGAAUUAUUGCUCAUUGUGUCCAAAAAUUAUAUGAAAAGUGAUGAAGUUAAAAACUCAUUUUAAAAGUAAUAAAUAUAGAAGUGGUAAUUCCAGGAUUACAGCUUUUCAUGCAGCACCUGAGAGUCUCAGAUAUUGUUUGUAAUGUUCUGAUAGCAGUGAAGGCACAGUGUAAUUAAAUAGUUUAUCAGUCCAGGGUUUUGGUUUGUGUUGGAAGUAUGUAUGAAGAUUUUUUUAUUAAAAAAAACAGAAAACAGUAAUAAAUUCUAUGAUUCAUGGUCUCAAAAGCUUCUGGGGAUGUAAAGUUAGACCGAUAUAAUAUAUUUUGUACCAGAACAGUUCUGUUUUACAUCUCUUUUGCCAUUUUCUGAAAUAAUAAAAAAUUUGUUUCAGG